AUGCCCCCUCGCAAAAGCAGGGACGCCGCGGCUAAGGAGCUUUGGGACGCCGGCGUUGCUCUGUCGAGGUCCCGCGCCGAGACGCAGCGCUUGGCCUCGAUCCGCGGCGGGCUCGAGUCCAGCUGGGAGGAGGUGUAUGGCUGCAAGAUUCCUGCUCGUCCGGACGUCGCAAGGCGCUACAUAGAUCCGGAGAACUACGCGGGAGCCGUCGCACAGCCUGAGCCCACCAUCACGGCGCCCGUCAUCCCCUCCUCUGCCGCUGCUCAGCAGCCGCCUCUCAUCAGCAGCCUCCUCAGCAUCAGCAGCAGCAGCAUCAGCAGCAGUCAUAGGAGCAGCCUCAGCAGCAACAGCAUCAGCAAGAGCCUGCGCUGA